AAUUGCUUUUGGUCAAUAUGUGUUUAUUGGCGGCACAAAGGAUAUGGAGAGGGCAGUCUGGUUCACAUACGCUGAUGAUGCGAAGCGUUCUGUUUAUUCUCGUACGGCGGCCGAGUAAACCGGACAUUGCAUUCAAUCAUAUGCAAGGAAUCGUUUUAUUAUAAAUCUUCUGUUAUGGCAUUAUCCUUGGCUAUCUGAUGAUGAUAAUGUCUUGAACAAGGUAGAAACUCAUACAGUUUUAGUCCAUGGGUCAACACCAUUGGUCCAGACCUACCUGGUGAAUGGAGUUGAAGUUGGCCUGCAAAGCCAUGACAUAACACGUAACCUACGUUACAGGUAACCUGACAAAAUGGAGAGGGGAAAUUACGGUGGCUACUCCCGGGAGUAUUUUGACCGCUUUAUUGAAAGCCAAGACUCGUCUGUUGUGAACAAGUUCCAGCAAAAGUACUGGAAAACCAAACAGAAGAUCAUCAAGGUCACGGGAAAGAAAGAGGACGAACAUGUCGUGGCAUCAGACGCAGACCUGGAUGGAAAACUGGAGGUGUUUCACUCUGUCCAGAGAACGUGCAUGGAGCUAUUGAAGGUGAUCGAGCAGUACCAGAGAAGAAUUUGCUUUCUAUCCCAGGAGGAGAAUGAGUUGGGGCGGUUCCUGCGCUCACAGGGCUCCCAGGACCGGACCAGGGCCGGGAAGAUCAUGCAGGCUACCGGGAAGGCUCUCUGCUUCUCCUCCCAGCAGAGGCUGUCUCUGCGUAGUCCUUUGUCUCGCCUCUACCAGGAGGUGGAGACUUUCCGAUACCGGGCCAUCUCUGACACCUGGCUGACGGUGAACCGCAUGGAACAGUCCAGGACGGAAUACCGUGGAGCACUGCUCUGGAUGAAGGAUGUAUCCCAGGAGCUCGAUCCAGACACACACAAACAGAUGGAGAAAUUCCGCAAGGUUCAAGUGCAGGUGCGAACCACUAAAACGAGCUUUGACAAACUGAAGAAUGAUGUCUGCCAGAAAGUCGAUUUAUUAGGAGCCAGCCGCUGCAAUCUGCUUUCUCAUGUUUUAACCACAUACCAGACCACCCUGUUGCACUUCUGGGAGAAAACGUCUCACACUAUGGCUGCCAUUCAUGAGAGCUUUAAGGGCUGCCAGCAAUAUGAGUUCUCUACAAUCAAGAGCCUCCAAGACCCCAUGGAUAAACCGUCAUCUCAGGGAUCGAAGAAGAGGGAGAAGAAAGUCCAAACAAAGACUGAUCUUGAGGAGACUGCAGAUGGCCAACUUAUCUCAAUAGAUCCCAAUGAAGAGUCCAAUGAAGAAGCUCAAACCAAGACACCGUCUGGACAAUUCUUUGAAGAAAUUGACCUUAAUAGACAAAUGACAGGGCCUGAGGAUCUUCUCUCAGCCUUCUCUCGUCAGGAGCAGGAGGAGGGUGGAGAGAGGGACAGCAUGGCCUUGUUGAAUGAGAUUCUGGGCAGCACGUCUCUGGAUGAGGGCGAGUUCUCACAGGAGUGGCAGGAGGUGUUUGGUAAGGGGGACCAGGGGAGCGGAGCCACGAGUAGAGGGGGCCUAGUGGAACCCCAGCAGGAGGAAGACUCCUCCAUCUUCCUCCCAUCUCACCUCCUGGACCAGAACAGGAACAAUCUCCAAUCUUCGCUCUCAGAUUGGGCCACGAGCAUUCCACAGCCCAUCUCCCAGGCAACAGAGCAAUCAUCUGGAGCCAAUCAGAACCCCCCUAGGCCAACAGCAGCGAGAGAGACGCCAGAGACCGCCAAAGACCUUUCAGCCUGGUUUAACCUGUUCGCCGACUUGGACCCUCUGUCGAACCCAGACGCAGUAGGCAGGAGUGGUCAGGAGCAUGAGCUUCACAAUGCAUAGACCUGCGACCUGAUUCACAUCUAGGGAUCCUACACUAUAAGUUAGCAUAAUGCACAACAAGGUUAUGGUUAUUUUGUUAACAUCUGUUCUAGGGUCAUCUCUCUCAACCCGUCCUACUCCUUACCAUUGAGUUAAACAACAAAUUGACCCUGGACCAGCUGUUAAGGAUGCAUUUACUGUAUCAAUCAAUUGAGCUUGAAAUCAUGAAUUCCAAAAGAAAACAAAUGUUGUCUUUUUAUGUUUGACAUGAUUUAUCAAUGUUUAUACGUUAAGUUGUCAGAGGGUAGAUGCUUUCAAACAACCAAAAUAUGUACGAAGGAUUCAAGAUGAGCUUUUUCAGAAUUAUUGCCUUGUCAUUCGGGUAUACCUGUAAGCCUUCUGGUGGUGACAAUGAGGCCUUUGCACCCAUCUCAGCAAUAGAAAAAUCAGUAUACAGUAUGAAAGGGUAAAAUAAGUAUCUGAUAGAUCAUACAUUUAUUGCAUGUUUUGUGUAUUCCUUAUUUAGUCGUGUGUGAUUGUACUCACAAUAUGUUACUGUUGACAAUAACAUAUCUAACAUUUGAUUUAUUUGAGAUGCCCUGGAAUAAAUUUAAGGUGCGUUAGAGCAGCGCACUAGACAGCCGACAAUGUACCUUUAAGAAAUUUUCUCAGACAUUUGUGGAAAUCCUAUUCACGGUUACCACUGCACAUGUCGGCUCAAGCGUAAAUGACCGUAGUCUGUUCUAUAGCACGCCUCAGAUUGAAUCCCAGCCUAGGUGUACAUUUAUUAACUAGCUGCACCUUUUCAAGUACACAAUCUGUAUUAUAUUGCUUGGAGAGCAAACUGUGGAAGGGCGAGAAUACAUACAGUGGGGCAAAAAAGUAUUUAGUCAGCCACCAAUUGUGCAAGUUCUCCCACUUAAAAAUAUGAGAGACCUGUAAUUUAUCAGAUACACUUCAACUAUGACAGACAAUUAGGAAAAAAGUUCCAGAAAAUCUCAUUGUUGGAUUUUUAAUGAAUUUAUUUGCAAAUUAUGGUGGAAAAUAAGUAUUUGGUCAAUAACAAAAGUUUCUCAAACGUUUUCUGUAAGUCAAGGAUUUCACACACUGUUGCUGGUAUUUUGGCCCAU